AUGGACACAGCGGCGGCAGCAGCAGCAGGGCCAAAGGUGAUAAUCAAAUCCUCUUCAAUCAAAACAGAAGAAUAUAAUCAUAAAAUCUUACAAGCUGUUCAGGGGAAAACCAAGGCGAAACAACGGUAUUUGAAGCGCAAGAAGGAGCGCCGAAAAUUGAAUAAUAAAAAUAAUAAAAACAACCAGAAGAAGACUUCGGUUUCCCAAUCUCAAGUUGGAGACGAAGAAGAAGGCACAGAGACAGAAGAUGAGGAAGUGGAGGUAGAAAUGCAAGAAGUAGAUGAAGAGGUAACUGUCCCAGAGGAAAGGGAGAAACGACCCAAAAAACGGCGCAAGUUCUCAAUUGAACUGGAAGAUGUAGAGAUGCAUUCGGAAUCACUGGCACCGCCGCCUGCUCAUUCUAUUCAACGAUCACCAACUCCACAGGCUGCGCUCCCUACUUUCCCUUUACCCGCUCUCCCUAACCCACCGUCAAAAGCUACACUUGCUCUGCAAGGUCUAGACAAAGCCCUGGUCGAUGCUGAUAUAAUUUCUCCGUCCAAAACAUUACACAUACCUCCUGAUGGUAAUAUAGACGGAGGAACAGGUCUCAGUGAAAAGAUGAGGAAACGUUUGGUAGAUUUGGGUAUCACUGAACUCUUCGCAGUGCAGACGUCUUUACUUCCCUUCCUACUCCCUUCUGAUCCUAUGCAUAGGGCCUUGUACCAGCCCUAUAAUCCUCCUCGCGAUGUUUGCGUUUCUGCUCCGACUGGAAGUGGAAAAACUCUUGCAUAUGUUGUUCCAAUUAUCCUUUCUUCUCGUAUAGUAACACGCUUACGCGCGCUCGUGGUGCUUCCGACGCGAGAUUUAGUUAUGCAAGUUCGUGAAACAUUCGAGACUAUCAGCAAAGGUAGAGGAUUGAAGAUUGGGACAGCCACGGGCCAGCAUUCGUUCCCUCAUGAACAAGCGCAACUUGUAGCAGACCAUUCCACAAGUCUCCGAGGGGGGUCUAGCAAAGUCGACAUCUUGAUAUGUACUCCCGGUCGGUUGAUCGACCAUUUAAAGGAAACACCGAAUUUCUCUCUACAACAUCUACGAUUCCUGGUCGUCGAUGAAGCCGACCGUCUUUUAGCUCAAUCGUUCCAAGAUUGGCUCAUACAAGUUCUAGCUGCCACUCGCCCUCCCAAAAAUCCUCUCAAACACACAUUGAAGGACUUAGCAGAUACAACUUUGACUCCACGGUCGGAUACAACGCCCAAUCCCACUCCUGAUGCCCUCGCUCCCGCCUUCCUUCACCUCCUCCCUUAUCCCGAUGUCCCCUCCUUCAUCACUGAAAGAAAGGCAGCAUCAUGUCAAAAACUGCUUUUUUCCGCCACUCUCACUCGUGAUCCAGGCAAGAUCGCAGCAUUGGAACUCCGAAUCCCGAAAUAUUUUAUUGUACAGGGUUCCAGCCCUGAUGAGCAAGAAGAUGCGAUUCUCGAUGUGGUCACGGAAAAAUUCACUAUGCCUGAUACGUUAAAGGAGCAUAUGAUUAUUUGUUCAGCAUACGAAAAGCCUCUCGUCUUUUUCCAUCUCGUCCAUGCCCAUGACAUCACCAACGCCCUGGUUUUCACCAAAUCCGCCGAGUCGACGAACCGACUCGUCCAGUUACUUGAUUUUUUUCAGAAUGCUCGUACCUCCGAAACGUCGAACUAUAAAAAUAUAGUCGUUCAGGCAUAUUCCAGCGACCUUCCUACCGCUGAGAGAAAAGCUGUACUAGACAAGUUCAAAUCCCAAGAAAUACAAAUCUUAGUCUGCUCAGACCUUAUCUCGCGAGGAAUUGAUAUCAGCCACGUAUCCCAUGUUAUCAGCUAUGAUUCGCCUGUGGAUAUGAGGAAAUAUGUGCAUCGUGUAGGGCGCACAGCGAGAGCUGGAAGGGAAGGUGAUGCUUGGACUUUGGUCGAAGAGCAAGAGGCUAGACAUUUUAAACUGAUGAUGAAAGAUGCUCACCACCUCUCGGAAGUGAAGAGAUUGAGAAUCGGAGAAAAGCAACUUGCUCCUCUAAUUCCACAUUACGAGACGGCAUUAUCACAUUUGAAGGACUUAUACUCCCGGUCAUAG